AUGGGAUCUCAAGUGCGCUUUGCUAACUAUCGUGUGACGAACAUCAUGGCAACAUGUAAACUGCCGUUUGGAGUUCGGAUCAGAAACCUGGCUCAUGAAUAUCCAAAGGAGAGCAGCUAUGAGCCGGAGCUUAACAUCGGGUUGCUGUGGAAAAGUGUUAAACCUAAGGCCACGUUGCGAAUCCACACCACAGGCAGCGUGACGGUUACCGGAGGUGAGUUGAUAAUUGUAUUUGUAGUCACUGUAUGA